AUGGAGCAACUGACCAAGGGCUGGAUUCACCACUUACGCAAGACGGCCCGGCAGGAGAACGCGGUGCGGAGCAGCUGCCCCCUUUGCAAGGCCGAGAUCCAGCCGGAUCUCGAUUCUUUCAAAGCCCACGUCCGCGCAGACGCUUCUGGCCAUCCCACGCUUGCUGAUGACGCCGACAUCGAAGAAGCCUUUCAAAACAUUAACAUCAACGAUACCCAAUCACACCCUGCAGCCCGGUCCCCCGAGGAUACUGGCCACGGCAGACGAGCCAGAAAGCGACCUGUCCCCGGCACUCCGGCUGUCGCGGACCGUGCCGACGGGCUGGAUAGGUAUGAGCGCCCCGGGGACCAACCCGAGGGCUUCCAUCGUCGCAAGAAGGUCUGCUCGCCGCCAGUCUCAGUGGCCCAACUGCGUGGCUCCUCCCCACCCAUGACGGACCGGAGCCACGCGAGGUCGAAUGAGCCGAGUGACUUCACCCGCAGCCUCGCAUCCAAGCAUCUCCGUCCAACCACUCGUCACCUCUACAACCCUGACGAUGACGCACGGCCUAAGACGCCACAGCCAAGGCCAUCUCAGCUCGCGUCCACCAACUCACGGCGCUCCCCCCCGAACAGGGCCCAGCGAGGCCCCCAGCGGGACCUCGGCUCGCCCGUGGAGCCCCCUUCGGUGACGGAGAUAAGGCAACGAGAGACAAGGCCCAUCUCCCCCGAGCAACUAGUCGCCGAGGUCAAGGGCAUCUACGCAGGCCUGGUCAUGAUCGAGUCUAAGUGCAUCGAGUAUGAUAGCACGCAAGAGACAAAGCAUCUCAGCCAAGAACAAUAUCAAGCUCUCAUCGCCUUACAUAGAUCGGUACUCCACGAGCAUCACGAUUUCUUUCUGGCCAGCCAGCAUCCGUCUGCUAGCGAAGCCUUACGGCGGCUCGGCUCGAAAUACGCCAUGCCGGCGAGGAUGUGGCGCCAUGGCAUCCAUACCUUCUUGGAACUUCUUCGCCAAAAGCUACCCGACGCCCUGGAGCACAUGCUGACCUUUAUUUACAUCGCGUAUAGCAUGAUGACAUUGUUAUACGAAACAGUGCCGGCCUUUGAAGAUACAUGGAUAGAAUGCCUCGGCGACCUCGGUAGGUAUCGAAUGGCCAUCGAAGAUGAUGAUAUUCGGGACAGAGAGACGUGGACAGGCGUUUCGAGGUAUUGGUACAGCAAGGCUUCAGACAAGUCACCCACAACUGGCCGCCUCUACCAUCACCUUGCAAUUUUGGCGCGGCCAAAUGCGCUGCAGCAGUUAUACUUCUAUACCAAGUCGCUUUGCGCCCCCAUCCCGUUCCCUAGCGCGCGCGAAAGCGUUAUGACGCUCUUUGAUCCUCUUUUAAACGGUUCCCCCCAACGGCUUGACGCCGUAGACGCCGCGUAUGUUCGCGUGCACGGCAUCUUCUUCUCUGGAAAGUCAAAGGAACAACUAGAAAGCUCGAUGGAUGAGUUCUUGAGUCUUCUCGACGAUAGUAUUCACUCUAAUUGGCUCGAAGCGGGGUGA